UUUCUACAGUGACCAAAGAAAUGAUGGAAUCAAGGAAAGAAAUAAUCGAAUCAAGGAAACAAAUGAAAGAUGUUCAACAAAAUCUUUCUACAGUGACGAAAGAGACGAUGGAAUCAAGGAAGGAAAUAAAAGAUGUUCGGCAAAAUCUUUUUACACAGAAUAAAGAAAUGAUGGAAGGAAGGAAAGAAAUAAUCGAAUCAAGAAAACAAAUAAAAGAUGUUCAACAAAAUCUUUCUACAGUGACGAAAGAGACAAUGGAAUCAAGGAAGGAAAUAAAAGAUGUUCGGCAAUAUCUUUUUACACAGAAUAAAGAAAUGAUGGAAUCAAGGAAAGAAAUAAUUGAAUCAAGAAAACAAAUAAAAGAUGUUCAAGAAAAUCUUUCUACAGUGACGAAAGAGACGAUGGAAUCAAGGAAGGAAAUAAAAGAUGUUCGGCAAAAUCUUUUUACACAGAAUAAAGAAAUGAUGGAAUCAAGGAAACAAAUGAGAGAUGUUCAAGAAAAUCUUUCUACAGUGACGAAAGAGAUGAUGGAAUCAAGGAAAGAAAUAAAAGAUGUUCGGCAAAAUCUUUUGGCAGUGACCAAAGAAAUGGAAGAAAUGAAAGCUAUGAUCAUCGAACUUGUUCAAACAUUGCCAUCUCCAACUGAAGAGUUUAUGAACUCAGACAAGAAUGAUGUUUUGAUUGCUGGAGGUUGCUAUUCAAGCGGUCAUUUGAAAAGUGUUGAAAAGUUUUCAUGGAAAGAGAAGAAAUGGUCAAGGAUUGCAACAAUGAAAAUUGAACAUACAGAAGCUUCAUCAUUUAUUCAUGAUGGAGAUUUAUUUGUUGUUGGAGGAUCUUCUAGCAAGUCAAUAGAGACAUUAAAUCUUAAUCAGUCACCUUUGACAUGGCAGAUAUGGCCUGGAGAGCUUCCUUAUGAAUGGUUUGGUCAUCAAACUGUUGUUUGUAAAAAUCAAAUUUUUCUCAUUGGAGGAUGUAUUGGUGAUAAAGGAAAAUCUGAUCUUAUCUGUGAAAUACACGUUACUGCUACGUCUCUUAUUUUAGAAGAGCUCUGUCAUAUGCCUGAACCACGAUAUGGUCAUGGAGCUGCUGUUGUUGAUGAUAAAGUUUUUAUUUUUGGAGGACAGGGAAGAGAUGGCAAAGUUUUAUCUAGUGUUUUGGAAUUUGAUCCAAAGACUCUAACAUUUAGAAUAAUGCCUCCAUUACCUCAUCCAUUAGUUGGAAUGGCAACAGUUCAAUGGAGAGAUCAAGUUGUUCUUCUUGGAGGUCGUAACGACAAUGCUGACAUAUUAAACGAUGUAAUCAUGUAUGACAGUAAGAUAGGUGAGAUUAAGGUCUUACCAUCCAUGUUAAUAAAUAGAGUUGGGUGUUGUGCUGUUUUGACAGGAGAUACAAUUGUCGUCAUGGGUGGUGUGAAAAAUCAAUAUCUUAAAUCAGUGGAGUUUUUUGAAAUGGAAAGCAGUUUUUGGAAAAAGCUUCCUUCAAUGAACGAAGCACGAAAAGAAGCCAUUGCUGAAGUUUUACCGAUUACACCAAAGUGCAACAUUUCAAUGGAAAAAAGGAAGAAAGCAUGGAAAGAAACAAAAAAUGUCAAAAAAAGUUGUUCUACCGACAUCAAAAACACUAGGGAAGCGGAUGAACAAGUUGCCCAAUCCUUACCAUCAACAAGUCAAGCAAAGGGGAAAACAGGAAGUACAGUGACACAAGAUGAUGAUGAAGAUAGUGAUGAGAAAAUUGUUAUUAAAGUUGAAGACGAAGAUGAUUUGAAAAUGGAGCCAAGCUAGUAUCUUCGCCAAUGAACUCUACUAGAGGUUAUUCGGAGGUCACUUAUCUGCUCUGGCAACAUACAAGACAUACUCGACGUUUAGCUGAACAUUUUUCCUUUAUUUAGUACAGAGGCCACGAUAAUAUUAUGAACUGAACGUAUUAAAUGAAUAACUACUGAUCUAUUCAUUGAGUACUACCUUUCAUAGAUGAUAUUUCUACUUACAUUGUACAUAUCAUAUACUGUAGCAAAUGAAUUCUACAGCUAUGUUUA